AAUCUACAUAGGAAAAUGACCACGAAAAUCAGAUACAGACGACUCGCACCAUCCAUUCUAAGCAUAUGGAGAUUCAGCAGUCCUGCGUCUGGCAUCAUGGGGACAUCUACUCUACUGUGUUGUCUACUAUGGGCAAACAUAUUCUCUAUGAGUGAAGCACAAAGUCCAUGGUUCCUGAUUACUGCCCCUCGUCUUCUGCACCUGGGUUUGGGGGAGGAUGUGUGGGUGCAGGUGGAGUGGCCCCAGGGUCCUGGCAGUGGUGACGUCAACGUGGAGAUGUACCUGCGGAACCAGAUAACGUAUGAUGUGUGCUCCAAGCGCUAUACUGUAACACUGAACCAAAGGAACAACUACAUCACCAGACAGACCAUAGAGCUCACUCCUCAGAUGGCCACACUGUGUAAGCUGGAUGAGAAGAAGCAUGAGAACUAUGUCCAGCUGGUGAUAAAAUCUCCCUCUAUCUCUGCGAAACCCCAAGUUGUCUCCAUACCUGUGUCCUAUAAAAAAGGCUACAUCUUCAUCCAGACCGACAAGAGCAUAUAUACUCCCAAAGAAACAGUUAGAUUUCGAGUGUUUACUUUGGAUCACAUGAUGAGACCCACGCUGGAGACAACCACAUGCACCGUGUCUAAUGCUGAGGGCUUACAAGUGGCGACUUUUCAAAAGGUGGCAUCUUUAAUAAGUGAAAAGAUCCAGAUUCCGGAUAUCUCCACCUCCGGGGUGUGGAAGAUUUCUGCGUUUUACAACUCUGCUCCAGAAUCAAACUCUACAGCUGAAUUUGAAGUAAAGAAGUACGUUUUGCCCAAUUUUGAGGUGAAGAUAAUUCCAGUACGUCCAUAUUUUCUGGUUUCUGAAAAAGAAUUUACAAUCAACAUAGAAGUCAGAUACGUGUACGGCGAGCCUGUGAGCGGCAUCACUUACGUACGCCUGGGGAUAAUAGGUCAGGAUGGGCAGAAGACUAUACUAUCAGGCUUGGAGCAGAACGUAAAGCUAAAGGAGGGAGACGGCACUGUUCACAUUAGUAAAGAUGAUGUUGUAAAGAAGAUAAGUCAACCUGAAGAAAACCUGGUGGGGUCCACCUUAUACAUUGCAGUCAGCGUGAUGGAGACUGCCUCUGGAACUAUCGAAGAAAAGGAGCUCACCUCUGUUAAAUUUGUCAGAUCCCCCUACAUUUUGGAUUUAUCUAAAACAAAGCGGUAUUUCAACCCUGGGAUGCCAGUAACGGUUGUGGCAGAGGUCACUCAUUCAGACGGCUCCCCAGCCCCUGGUGUCACUGUCAAGCUCUUCAUAUCUAACGUUGAACAGAAUUCCUUCAUAUCCGAUAAAAAUGGAAAAACAUUCUUCCAGAUCAACACAGGCACCAACCAGGAAUCCUUUGAACUUAAGGUUACGGCAGGAGGUGAAGGUGUACGUCAAGAAGAGCCGCUGACUCUUACUCCCUAUAACUCCAAGGCAAACAGUUUUCUUCACUUAGAGAUCCCAAACCAAAUACUAAGUCCUGGAGAAAAUUUAAAGGCGUCAAUGAAGGUUUUAACACCCGAUUUUAGAAAAGUCAAGAAAGUUUAUUAUAUGAUUCUCAACAAAGGUCAGAUUCUGGAUUUGAAGUCCAUUGACAGAGGAGAUUUCAUGGCGGUCAAUGUCCCUGUCACAACCAGGAUGGUUCCUUCCUUCCGAAUUAUUGCAUACUAUUACUUGAGCUCUGAGAUUGUGGCCAAUUCUGCUUGGGUUGACGUUACUGAUGCCUGUGAAGGCAAGCUGGAACUUAGAACAAACGUGUUGGACAGUAUACAACCAGGAAAAUCCUUCCAGCUCACAAUAGAAACAGAUGAUACCACGUCUGUGUCUUUAUCUGCAGUAGAUACAGCCGUCUACCUCCUGAACUCCAAGAACAAGCUGACCCCCAGCAAGGUCUUUAAGGCCAUGAAUGCCUAUGACCUGGGCUGCUCUCCUGGAAGUGGGAAGGAUUAUAAAUCUGUCUUCAUGGAUGCAGGAUUAGCAUUUGUUUCAUCUGUGGGAUACAGUAAAAUGAAUGAAUUCAACUGUAAAGAUUCUCAAAGGAAGAAAAGAUCCCUGGAUUUUUCUGGCCUUGCAAAUCAGAGAGCAAACCAAUUCCCAAACCAGAAGCUUAAGCAAUGCUGCCUCACUGGAAUGAAGCUUCUGCCCCCUCGUAUGGAAAGAAAGUGUGAGGCUCGAGCGACCCGCAUAGCAACUAAUGACUGCCGUAAAGCAUUCCUCGACUGCUGCAAAUACGCUGAGGAACUGCGCAAAAAGAUCCAACUGAGUAAACAGAAGGAUGUGAUUGGGAGAACACUAAACGAGGAAGAGGAGGACGAAUUCACUGAUGAAAGUGACGUGCAGGUCCGUUCAUCUUUUCCAGAAAGCUGGUUAUGGAGAACCAUCAAUGUCAAUAAAAAGCACAGAGAAACGUUGUCUGUCCAUGACUCUAUAACUACAUGGGAGAUUCAAGGAGUCGGAAUGUCUGAAGGAAAAGGAUUCUGUGUGGCCGACCCCAUCAAAGUCAGAGUCUUCAAGCCGUUUCAUGUUCACCUUCGAGUCCCAUAUUCUGUCAAGAGGUUUGAACAGAUGGAGCUUAAGCCCGUGUUGUAUAAUUACGAUAAUAUGGAUCUAAAGGUUAAAGUAUCAAUGGAGAAGACAGAAGGCAUAUGUAGUGCCACCACAGCUGCCGGAGAACCUGUAGAACGGAUUGUAACCGUGCCAUCAAAAUCCGCUACAUCUGUCCCAUUUGUUGUGGUUCCCACUGGAAGAGAAAACCUUAUGGUGACAGUAAAGGCUCUAGGACCAAAUGGAAUAGGUGACAUUGUGAAGAAACCUCUUCGAGUUUUGAGGGAAGGCGUCUCAGUUCUUGAAGAGAAAACUUACAUGGUAGAUCCAAAGGAUAGAGGAAGAAAGGAGAUCAUCAUUGAUGAGGAGCUGCCUUCAAAUAUGAUCCCUGAUGGAGACUUCCAUUCCAGUAUCAAGUUGAGCAUGGACUCUCCAAUAAACACCAUCAAUAACACCCUGAGUAGUGAUGGGGUUAGUAGACUGAUCCGCGUUCCGUACGGCUGUGGCGAGCAAACUAUGAUUUCCACUGCUCCUGGGGUCUAUGCAUUGCGCUACCUCGAUCACACAAAUAAGUGGACAUUGCUACCACCUGACCGCAAGGACGAAGGGCUGGAGAACAUGAGGAAUGGAUACUCAAGGAUAUUGCAGUACAGGAAGACUGAUGGAUCCUACGCUGCAUGGCUGCAGAGGCCCAGUAGUACUUGGUUGACCGCUUUUGUGGCAAAAGUCAUGUCCCUCUGCCGUAAGUACAUUGGCGUUGAUGUGGAAGAAAUCCGGAAAUCUGCCACGUACCUCACCACGAAACAGAGUGAUUCGGGAGCUUUCCUGGAGACCUCUCCAGUGUACCACCUAAAUAUGAUGGGUGGUGUUGCGGGGAAGACUGCAGAUGUGUCUCUUACGGCAUAUGUCUUGGUGGCUCUCCAUCAUGCCAAGGAUUCUAUGCCUGAGGAUGAUAUCAAAGUGAAAAGCAGCAUCAGUAAAGCCAUAGACUUCCUCCGCUCUACACUGGAGAAUGUCAAAGAGCCAUUCCCCUUGGCUAUCGCUGCCUAUGCCCUCAAUCUUGCAUCUAGUGACUCGGUUUUGAAGGACACGGCAUAUAGCAAACUCAUGUUCACUGCCCAGGAAGACCGCAAUAAGAACACUUUGCAUUUUGGACCACCGGGGACAGCACUUGCUGUUGAGGCCACAUCGUAUGCGUUACUUACAACUCUGCUCCAAAACGAUAUACGUAGCGCCAAGAAGAUGUACAUCUGGCUGUCAGAGCAGGAAAAUUAUGGCGGGGGAUUUAAAUCUACCCAGGACACGGUGAUGGCACUGGAAGCUCUCUCCGAAUAUUGGAUUAAGACUCACACAAGUGAAAGGAAUGAAUUACUGGUGGAAGUCAACUCACUGGUGAGAUCUAUGAAGCAGGAGUUCAGACUGCGGAAUGAGGAGAGCAUCCAGGAGGAGCUGAGAUCAAUGGGAAAUAAAUUUAAGGUGAAGGUGUCUGGAAAAGGAACCGGCGUCUUAAAAGUUCUGAAGAUGUAUAACAUCAUACAAGUAGAGAACACGACCUGCUCACAGCUUGAUCUGGAGGUAAAAGUGAACAGCCAUAUUAAUCAAGUAGAUGAAGAAAAUGAUUAUGACGAGGACUAUGAUGCUGAGGAACAGGCCAUGUCCGAUGAACCCAUGAGGAACAUUGACUGGCAUGACCUGAGGAGCAGAGCGCGUAGAGAGGUCUCCCGACCCAAAGAAAAAGACAUCAAAGUCUUGUAUGAAGUGUGUCUCAAGACAAAAUCCCAGACACCUACAUCUGGAAUGGCGAUCGUCGAUAUUACUAUGCUCAGUGGAUUUGAGCCCAGCACUAACGAUCUGAACAAGCUGAAGGACGGUCUUGAGACCUACAUCAGUCACUAUGAGAUCCAGGCUGGAAGACUCAUCAUGUACUUCGAAAAGGUCUCCCAAAUCAGAGAGUGUGUGACCUUUGAGGCUGUCCAAUCAGUGAAGAUCUCUCCCCUGCAGCCGGCAUCUGCCAUCUUGUAUGAUUUCUAUGAGCCAGAAAAUAAGUGCAGAGUGUUCUACGGGGGUCCGGAUAAGUCCAGCACGGUGAGCACGCUCUGCUCUGGGGAUGUGUGCCAGUGUGCAGAAGGUUCAUGUCCCAGAAAGCAGCGCCCUCUGGAAUUGAAAGGAGACGCUCGGCGACAAUUUGCCUGUUACCAUCCAAGAGUGGAAUUUGGAUACCAUGUGAGUGUGGGGGACACAAGGGAGGAGGACGCAUUUAUUGUCUACACAGUUCAUAUCGUGGAAGUUCUAAAGAAAAAUUUAGACGAGAACAUCGCAGAAAGAAACACCAGAUACUUUUACCAACGCUCAUCCUGCAAAAUGCGACUUGAAAACAAGGAGUACCUGAUCAUGGGGCAAGAUGGACAGACCAAAGAUGAGAAAGGACGAAUGAGAUACUUAUUAGAAAGCAACGCCUGGAUCGAGGAACUGGCAGGACCCGACACUUGUAAAGCUACCCGUUACAGGAAUGCAUGCAAUGAAGUGAAGACUUUUAUGGAUAAUUAUCGGAAAAAUGGUUGUAUGGUGUGACCACAUGGUGGCAUGGAGCGACCAUCAUUAUCGUCGCUUUUCUGAAGAAUAUCAGUAUUGAUGUCCAGCAGAUGCUAUUUUGUAUUUUACUCAUUAACACUUAAAUUUCUCCAAUAAACUACCAAUCAAGUGAA